CAAAAUAGUCGAUCAAUGGAGGUGGAGGUGGGCUACAAGGAUCUAAAAGUUGCCGGUGCCGAAUUAUUGGACGAUGGACGCCAUGGCAUUCGCAUCCGUGGGUGGGAAAUCGAGUCCCGGAAGCUCUCAAUACUCAAAUCCUCCCCUGUUGAACAGUGGGAGCAGAAGCUAGGAACGUCUCAUCUACCAGAAAUGGUGUUUGGGGACAGUUGCUUAGAACUUAAACACAUGAAUAGCAGCAUCAAGAUACACUUCAACGCGUUUGAUGCUCUAGCUGGUUGGAAGCAGGAAGCUCUGCCUCCAGUUGAAGUUCCUGCUGCCGCUCAAUGGAAAUUUAGGAGCAAACCCUUUCAGCAGGUGAUACUAGAUUACGACUACACGUUCACAACUCCAUAUCAUGGAAGUGAAACAAUUGAAGUAGAGGCUAAGAAGAAAGAAAGUGGAGAACUCUUGGAGCAAAGCUGCAACCUCUGUUGGGAGGACUGCAAGGAGCAAAUUGACGUAGUUUCACUGGCAUCAAAGGAGCCUAUUUUAUUUUGUGAUGAGGUAGUGUUGUAUGAAGAUGAACUGGCUGAUAAUGGAGUGUCACUUUUAACUGUGAAAGUGAGAGUCAUGCCAAGUUCUUGGUUUCUUCUCUUGCGGUUCUGGCUCAGAGUUGAUGGGGUCUUGAUGAGAUUGAGGGAUACUCGUAUGCACUGCAUUUUUGGUGAAAGUGAGAGCCCUAUCAUUCUUCGGGAAAGCUGCUGGAGAGAAACUACCUUUCAAGCAUUGUCUGCUAAAGGUUAUCCCGUUGAUUCUGCUUCAUAUAGUGAUCCUAGCACCAUCAUCCAGAGGCUUGCUGUCAUCAUGAAUAGGACCCAAAAGCUUAAGGUCCUUGGUAAUCAAUAAAGCUAUAAAUUAUGCUCUUGCACAAGGAUUCAAAGUUUCAAACUAUUACUAUGUCUAUUUCUUUAUGAUGAUUUUGUUAAUAGAUAUAUAGAUUUUUGUUCCCGUAUUUGCCAAGUCACUGUAGCAAGCUAUAAUUUGCUAGUUUAUUUGGGAUGGAGAAAAUUAACAAAUGUGCAAAAUGUUUCAUAGAUUUCUGUAAGAUGUCCUUUUUUUUUUCCCCCUGUUUCAUUUGAUCUCCAUAGAAAAUUGUGGAGCCUAGGAAGCUACGGCAGCUGCACGCCUGAAAGAGAGGAAUUGUGAUUUGUCCUGAUGGAAAUGACUUAUAGACGGAUAUUCAAGCUCAAGCUAGAGCCGUGUAAUGAGGUCCAGGAGCGUCAACCGAGAAUGCAUAUAACCGGGCUGGUUGAGCUAUGCUACAUGGUGCCAAGACAGAUGGGCAUUCCAUGGUCUAGGCACCGGGGCCGGCUUCACAAGCUGAUAAAAGGGAGGCUGGUUUGGAGCCGUGAAGUGCACGAUAUGUCUGCUUAGAAGAGUCAUUUAAGAUUGUUUAUAUUAAGUGAUUGAUUUGCUUUCCUAUAUAUGACUAGUUAGUGUAGUUGGCUUUAUUUACAAUAAUACCAGUUAGUAGGAUUGAAAUCUGUCACAUUAUCCGAAUUUGAUGAAAUUUGAAUGGUUG